AACUGAAGGGAAAAAAAGGAAGACUGCAGAGGCAGCGCAUGGGGUGCGUAAAGUGAAGAAGAAGCAAAGAAAGAAAUGUGGAGAGAGCUGGGAGAAGUGGAAGGAUCAUAUUCAUAAAGCUCGUAAGUCGCAAGUUGAAGUUGGCGGAGUUACAGGGUUGCAGCCUGAGCUUCAAACUGCCGCUGCUGAUUCCUUCUCAGAUCAUCCUCCUCAUCGCCUCCAGACACGUGCUGCAAAUGCAAAUGAAAAAGGUGACAAGGCCUCCUUGAUUCCUCACUCCAGACGGCCUGCACUCCCCUCUCUGCAAAUACCCCCAUGGUCACUAGAUGCCGCAUUAUCUUCUUUCGCAAAGACGGAUGGUCCUUCCCUCUCCAGUCCCAUUUCUGCUUCCACAUCCACCUCUUCUAGAGGACUUCCGCCAAGGCCGAAUUCGGCCAGAGUCAGGCCUUCCAUGAGAAGUAUAAUUCCUCAAGGGAACUUCAGGGCCAGAACUAGUCCCCGCGAUGCUGAAAGGACGGUUCUCAUUGUUCCUGAUACUACCCUGUCAAAUGCACUUUUGGAUAAGCCUUCUACUUCAAGGACACUCUCUCUUAGUGGUAAAGGUUCAUUCUCUCCAUUGUCAAAGGUUGCCCACUCAUUACCGGUUACUCCAAUUGCAUCUUUGGGUCAAGAAAGUGUACACGGCAGACAUCUGGGAUGUGCUUCUGAUUUAAAUACAAUGGUUGUCAAGCAGCACAUAACUCGAUCACUUUCGGUUCCAGUGGAUGCCAAAGCCACCAAAUUGAGGUGCACUCAGUCUAGGGUCUUGAUUCGUAUCAUUUCAGCCAGGCGGCAUCUUGCAACUGUUGAUGGAACUUCAACUGGUGAUGCUUCAGUCAUGGAGAUUGCUAUUGAGGAUGCUACAGCAGAUAUUCCAGAGGAAGAAGCAGUUUGUAGGAUUUGUUUGGCAGAGCUCGGGGAAGGAGAAAAUACGCUUAAGAUGGAAUGCAGUUGUAAAGGUGAUCUUGCGCUUGCUCAUCAAGACUGUGCGGUAAAGUGGUUUAGUAUUAAGGGCAACAGGACCUGUGAUGUCUGCAAGCAGGAUGUUCAAAACCUCCCGGUAACACUAUUGAAAAUUUAUGAUCGUCAACCCCCUGCCAGACAGCCAUCAAAUGUGCCACAACCAAGGGAAAUAGCUUAUUACAGGAUCUGGAAUGAUAUACCUGUACUUGUCUUGGUUAGCAUGCUUGCUUACUUCUGCUUUUUGGAGCAACUACUGGUUUCAGAUUUGGGUCCUCGAGCUCUCGCAAUUGCGUUACCUUUCUCCUGUGUUUUGGGUCUCCUAACAUCUAUGAUUGCGUCAACCAUGGUGAGCAGGAGUUACGUAUGGGCUUAUGCUUGCUUCCAGUUCGCAAUUCUCAUCUUGUUUGCUCACGUAUUUUUUAAUAUGCUUAAUGUCAAUCCAAUUCUGUCGAUCCUUCUUUCCUCAUUCAUUGAAUUCGGGAUGACAAUAAGCAUGAAUUGUCUCCUUUCGGAAUAUGUUAGAUGGAGAGCAAAUAGGCAGAAUCAAACACCCAAUGAGAAUGGUAACAGUCUACAGCAGCAGCAUCAAGAACAAAUAGAGCAACAAGAGCAACAUCGAUGACAUUAGCUUUUAGUUAGUCCAACUCUUGAUAUAAUUGUCUCAAAUUAGUUUUAUCGAUUCAGAUUGUUGUUCUUAUUUUCCUUAAUUAUCCGCAAUACUAAGACAUUUGCUCUAAAAUAUGUUAUCCAAAAUACUUGCA